AUGGCUGAUUACUCACCGCUGCUAACCGCAUACGACAGUCUUGGGACUGCCAGUCUGAAGCCUCCACGCGUCGCCUCUCUUGAUGUGUUCCGCGACCUCUGCGUCUUCUUGAUAAUGCUAGUUGAUUACGGCGGCUCAAUUCUUCCGAUUAUCACUCACUCCCCAUGGAAUGAGCUCCAUUUGGCUGACUUUGUUAUGCCUUUCUUUUUAUUCAUUGUCGGCGUUUCUCUUGCUCUUGUAUACACGAGAGUGACAAACAGAGUAGAAGCUACAUGGAAGGCGAUGUUUAAGGCUGUAAAACUUUUUCUUCUAGGAGUCCUGCUUCAAGGUGGUUAUUUCCAUGGAGUAGCAUCUUUGACUUAUGAAGUUGACAUUGAAAGUAUACGGUGGUUUGGCAUUUUGCAAAGGAUAGCUAUUGGAUAUAUUGCGGCAGCUUUAUGCAAGAUCUAG